UUACGGAAAGAUUGCGUAAUGAAGUCGAAAGAAUGACAACAUAGCUUUUAGAAGAAAUAAGUUCAGCUGAUUUUGGUUUUAACAUUCAAUUGUUCAAAAGUUUUGUACUUAUAUAAACAUCUUCAUAUAACAAACUGGUGAAAUGUUAAAUAUUUGAGAGAACAAAAAAAAAAAAACCUUUUUCGAAUAAUAAAUGCAAAAAUAAAAAAAAUAGAAAUGGAGUGCGGCCUAGAAAGAGUUGUUAUUCCGGGUGAGGACGAACCGUUGAGCGACAGCGAGAUGCGCUACGGUCUCGGAGAUGGAGAAGGAGAGGACUUGGACCUCCAAGCUGAAAUCCCAGAACCUUUAUUAAGAAAAUCGUCGUCUUUCACAGAAAUCGGCUUGAAAGGGGGAGAACUGUCGGAUGUGCUACCGCCGUCAGAACCAAAGAAACGUUUUACCCUUUCAAGAGGAAUCAAUCUGAGACACGUCGUACAAGGGAUAAAAAAAAGAGGAAAGCCCCAUGAGACUUCGGGGAAUGAAACGAAGCCUGCUGGAGACGCCACCGAAGAACCGCAAAAAGGCACGAGGCAGAUAUAUUUCAGUAAAGUUUUCGACAGGGUCUCUCACGGGACUAACCGGAUGUGGACUUCACUGGGCAAGACUUUCACCAACGGGCCGGACGAGCCGAAGGCCGGCUCCAGCAGGACCCUCGGAAGACUCUUCGGCCGUUCGCGAGCCCGUGAAACGACCGAGGAGGACGUCAGUGAUUUACCAGCGACCGAGUCACGAGCGCAGACCCUCGGAAGAAAGAUUUCUUCGACGUUCAAAUCAAUGAAAAACACGAAAAAUUAACGAAGGUGCUGCGUCCAUUGAUGAGCCCGCCGACCAAAAAUGAUUAUCACUUAUUAUUCUAAAAUAAAUAUAUGAAGCUUAUGGCUGAAAUUUGAAAUUUU